CUAGGCCAGUUACUCAAAGCGUAUCCAACAGUCCGUCAAGAUGUACAAAGUAGCCUGUUUGGUCUUGGCCCUGUUCGCCGUCGCCAUUGCGGUUCCCUCGACUUAUGAUACCGAGCACGUGUGGAAGGCUGGAAACCUGUCGUACGCUAUCCCCGAUACUGCAGUUUUGGGUGGCUUUGAUCCCAACGGUUUCAACACGUAUGUGGGCCGCGUGAAGUACAUCAACGAUAUCCUGCCUGCCCGCGUUGUUGCGGAAACUGGGGUGGCUUACUUUAACACCGCGUCCAUCUCCUCGAAGCUCCUUGUGUACGACCUCCUGGUGGCCGAGCGCAAUCUGAACUACGUGUGGGUCAGGAGUUUCGAUGGUUUCUACGAGAAGGGAGCCGUGGCCGUUGGCACCACGGUCAAAAAUGAGCGCGUCUUCUGCUGCCGCGCCAAGACCGAUGGAGGUAUCCUGAUCGGCACCCUUCUCCUCAGCGAAAAGCUCUGCAUCAUCAAGCACGAGACCUUGGCCCUGCGGAAGUUCGACAAGUACGAGGUCUUGGUGGCACAGCCGAAGGUUAAUGGAACCAUCUACUAGAUUCAAUUGUAAUUUGAAAUAUCUGAAAAUUAUAAGGCGAAAUAUCUAUGGACUGCUAAUAAAAAAUGAAACAAAUCGAA